AUCAUCGUUUAACAUAACAUAAAGCUAUGUCUACUCCAAAGAUACAGACAGAAAGGGGCCGUUAUUAUGCCUAUAUUUUCGGUGUACUUUGCAUUGGUCUUCUCGCCGGUUUGGUGAUAGGAAAGCAUGUCUUUGAAGGAGAAAGAUCAGUUUCAGAGAAAAAUGACGUUUUACGUCUAUCGAAAAGAGGAAUUUCAUCAUCUCGAGACCAGCCGUUGGAGAGACCUGGUCACACAGAUAAUUUCAGAAAAGCCAGCAAAAAGGAAAGACGUAAUUCGGACAAGAGUAACGACCAGAAACAAACGGAAUGUAUAAAAAACCGCUGCAAGAAUUGUCCAAAAGGAAAAGCAAUACAGCCAUGGGAUGGUAAGGAUCCCCAGAUUUUCGCUCCUCUUACAGCAGACGAGAUGAUAAAAGUAAAUGAGUUCAUGAUCACAAAUAAAUAUGCUGACAACGUAAGUGCCAUGUCGAGCCUCUCUCUGAAGAUAGAUUUCCUUACAUUUAUGUAUUUGUACCUACCAAAUAAAACUGCCGUUUUAGAGUACAAAACCGGACAAGGAGAAUAUCCCGGAAGAUUUGCACGUGUUCACGUUGCACGGGGUGCUCGUGCUGUACCAGAUUAUAUGGAGUACAAGGUGGGACCACUCGGAGCAGAUAUAAUGACAGCGGAACAACUUUACAAUGAUGGAGAGCUUGUAUUUAACAGUCGUCCAUUCGAUGAUAUAGAAUACGGACUUUAUAUGCAGUUAUUAAACAAAGAAAUAAAAAUACUCGAACCCCUUACUAAAGAAAGUUUUGAUGGCGCAUUCUAUCCACGAGAGAACAAUGAUUUACAAUUUUGGGUUUGGAAUGGACCACCUGGAGCAUUAGCUGAUGAACGGGAGACUAGAGUCAUUGCUUUGUUAAAUCCUUUAGCUUCAAACGGUUAUGAUUUUCUAGAAUUGGACUUUUUACCACUGUCAGCUACAAUUCAUUGCCCAGGGACUGAUUUUGAAGAGUGGUACAUCUAUGAUUUUUACUACUUAAAUCAAGGACCUUUCCCUAACUCAACUACUUUGCUCAACGCGUAUCAAAACGGUUCUUUACGAAAGUUUAAAUUACCUGAUGGGUAUCGCAAAACUGUCCUUGACCGUAAUCUUCCAGAUCGAGAUAAGGGCCAACCAUUCAGACGUAAUUCUUUCUUAUCUACACCAAGAACAUAUGAGCCCGAUGGACCAAGAUACAACAUUCGAGGAUAUAAUGUCGACUGGAUGGACUGGAACUUUGAUGUUUCUGCUGGCCAGCUUCGUGGUCCUGGAAUCUUUGAAGUGUUAUUUAAAGGCAAUAAGAUAGCAUACGAGAUUUCUUUAAAUGAAAUAGUAGUUAUAUAUGGAAGUGGAUCAUCAGGUCAAAAUAAUAUUAUUUAUUCUGAUUCUACAUACGGCGUUGGGAAUUACAAUGGAGUAAUCAAAUCCGUCGACUGCCCUAAGCAUGCAACUCUUUUAAAAACAACUUCCUGGCAAGCAUCAAGUGCAUCUCCUGAUGUAUCGAAAUCCAUUUGCGUGUUUGAAGCAGACGGAGAAAAUGCCCUUUGGCGACAUUCUGCUUAUGCAUUUAAAGGUGGACUAAGAAAUAAUUACUUUGUCGUCCGUGUGACAACUACUUUAGCAAAUUAUGACUAUGCAGUUGAAUGGCACUUUUAUCUUGAUGGGAAAAUAUUCACAAUUGUAACUGCAAGCGGUUAUAUUCAGGCAACAUUCUGGGAUCAUGAAAAUCCUUUUAUGGGAUCCGAAAAAGGAAGAGAUGCGUUUGGAUUCAGAGUAAGUGACAAUGCACAGGGACAAAUACAUGAUCACAUGUUUGGUUUUAAGAUGGAUCUGGACAUUCUUGGGACAGAUAAUUCAAUGGAAGUUAUUCACUGGAAAAAUGACAAUGUCCUAUCUGCUUUACGUAGUCAGGUUCCAAAUGUACCAGAAAUUCCACCAUAUUUCCUGGAUAACUGGACCAGGUAUAUAGAAUAUGAGCUCACCGAAAAUGAGACCGGAAAACGGAUAAAUAUGGAUGAACCUGAAUUUUGGAUCAUUGUCAAUGAAAACGAGAGAAAUAAAUGGGGUAAUAUGCGGGGGUAUGAAAUAAAACCCAUUUCUACCGCUGCACAGACUAUGUCAGACAACCAUCCGGUAAUGCCAGCCCUGUCGUUUAUGAAAUAUCACUGUGCCAUUACAAAAAGAAAAGAAGAUGAACAAUAUCUUGAUUCUUCAAGUGACACACAAAGACUUGACAAGCCUGUAGACGACCUUGACAAAAUGCUAAAUGGCGAGUCCGUUAGAAAUACAGAUGUUGUUAACUGGAUAUCUAUGGGUUUUUUGCAUGUGCCUACUUCCGAAGAUGUACCAAUGACAACCCGCGUCGAGGCAGGAUUCUUGCUCAAACCUUUUAAUUUCUUUGACACAACUCCAGUGUUUGAUCUUCCGGCGCGUUUUGAUGCUAAAUCUCUCAAUAUAACGGAGAGACCACCCCAAUACAGACCAUGUCUAGAGAAAAUAAACUAACCUGAUUUCUUACGAAAUUACUUUACAGGAUUCUAAAGUUUAAUCAAAUAUGCUCAUAGAUAUAAUAAUGAAGUUUCUUUUGGCAUUGCAAUUAGAUAAAAAAAAUUCUAUUUUAAACUCAACUUUUUAAAAAUCAUGUUAUCACAUUAUAAUUCAGAGUGAAGUUAAAUAGAAAUUCGAUUAAAUUUGUCGUUGUUUUGACUUAAAUCAUCAUCAUCUCUUGAAAAUAAAAAAGCUUUCAAUAUUUCACAGUAAAAUUUUUUCUUUUACAAUUAAAUUUAAAUCACAAUUUUAAUGUUCCAUUUUGUUAAGAUAAAAUGUUUGCUAGUACGCGUUUAUAUGUUAUAAGUGGGGAAAUCCCUUUUAAGUAAAUAUGAAUGGGAAUGAAACUGUCCU